AUGUCUAACUCCAAAGCCAUCCAGCCACCGAAAAAACUCUCUACACACCCUCCUCCACCGCCGUCGCUUUCUUCAUUGCCUGAUGAUAUCGUUUUGAGUUGCUUGGCCCGCGUCCCAAGAAGCCAUCACCUAAACAUCUCUUGGGUCUCAAGAAACCUAAGAGCCCUUGUUCGCUCGCCUCAGCUCAACCUCUUGCGAUCCACCACUCUCCCCAAGAACUCCCUCCACGUAUGUUUGGAAGACUUAGAGGACGAUGAUUACUCAUCCUUCCAGUGGUAUACUCUCAAGGAAACAUCACCGAAGGAGUAUGGGUUAGUUACCAACUCGACUCCCUUCCCUUCUCAUCCUAACUACGAUUCUUCCAUCGUCGCAGUGGGGCCAAAGAUCUUCUGCAUUGGUGGACCUAGAGGAGAACCUUCCACGGAUCUAUGGAUCCUUGAUACAAGAUCUGGGACCAUCAUCCAAGGGCCAAGCAUGACUGUGCCUCGAGACGAGGACAAAGCAGCUGUGGGAGUGAUCGACGGAAAGAUAUACGUCAUCGGAGGCUUACCCUUCUUCUUCACCACCGACGGAAUCUUUCGUGAAGAGGAAGAGAUCCUAGUUGAAGUUUUUGAUCCAAAGUCGGAGACUUGGGAGCUUGGGGGACAUGAGAACGUGCGUAAGAUUGCACGGUGUUGUGCCUCGGUGGAGGGGAAGGUUUUUAUCGUGGAGGACAAGAGGACAAGUGUGUACAAUCCGAGAGAAGGUGAAGGAGAACGGAUGGUUCAUAUGGUAAGCGAGAGACUCUCGGAAGGUGGAAGCAAGGAUAAGUUAAAGGAUAGGGUGUAUGACGUGUGUGUGGUGGAUGAUGUUCUCUUUGCACUCUUUCACAAUACUGGGUUGAUGUGGUUUGAUACAAAGCAUAGUGUGUGGAAAAAAUUGGUGGGUCGUGAUGGGAAAGAACUACCAUUUAUCUUACGUGUGGAAGCCAUAGCGGAAUACGAGGGAAGGCUUGUGGUUUUUUAUUCCGAUAUUCUCGCAAGGACUGUUCAGUGUAUGUUUGUCUCACUGGACAGAGCUAGAGGAAAGAUUUGUGGGACUAUCGAUUGGUCUGGUAUUUUGGCUACACCCCCAGUUUCGUUUCGUUUUCGGCAAUGUUUAACUGUUUCCGAGUGA